AUGAACAAGGAGGAAAAGUGCCCACUGUACUUGGCGGUUGAGACGGGGAACUUGGAGAUUCUCUCGCGUUUACUAGAAGCGGUGGAUGAAAAUGAAGACCUUUCGUCCCAGAUUGAAGGCAUAUCGCCGGCUCACGGAGCCGUGGUGCAUCGAAGGAUAGAUAUGCUGAUAGAGAUGUCAGAGCGGAGAAAAGGGUUAUUUAAUCUAAGACUUUUUGGUGCUCCCCUCCAUCUAGCAGCAUCCGAGAAUUACGUCGAUGGAGUUGAGCUCUUGGUUGACAAGUUCAAUAUGAGUUCCUUUGAGCCCAAUGAACAAGGCUAUCUUCCGAUCCACGUCGCAUGUAAGAUGGGUCAUCUCGAAACAAUUAAGGUGCUGCGUCAACAUUGGCAAGAUUGGUUAGAACCAAACGAGUUGCUUACUUACGACGAAGAGCAAAAUAUACUUCAUGUUGCUGCAAAGUAUGGAAGGGCUUCCGUAGUGAAGUACAUUCUUGGCGAUCCCAAGCUUGAGAAGCUUAUAAAUGCAAAAGACAAGUAUGGAAAUACACCUCUUCAUGUAGCCACAGAGCAAUGGCAACCCAAUGUUAUGCUCUCUCUCACUCGGGACAACAGAGUCAAUCUUGGGCUUGUAAACCACAACAACUCCACGGCUCUUGACAUUGUAGAUAAGCAAUUGCAACAAAUCGAAGGUCCAUUUCACCAGACCUUGACACGGACAAUCUUAGUAUCUGCUGGGGCCCCCAGAAGCAAAGUCCAAGCAAUUUUACAGAGAAGAAGUGACUCGUGGAUGGAGCCUCCGGACAUACAUAAACUAAAUAGGCAUGCCGAAGUCCGCAUGGUUGUAGCAACCCUCAUUGCUGGUGUGACAUUCGCCGCUGGCUUUUCUGUUCCCGGAGGAUAUAAUAGCUCUGGACCAGAGGCUGGAAUCGCUACACUAUUGAACAAGCCCGUGUACGACGUCUUCAUGAUCUGCAACUCCAUUGCCAUGUACAACUCCAUAAUUACAGUCGUGUUCCUUCUUUGGACACAAAUCAAUGAUUCACAUGCGGUGUUUCGUGCCCUUGGAAUGACAAGGCUACCGCUGCUAAUAGCUCUUGCCACAAUGUCCAUGGCUUUCCUGGCGGGGAUUUAUGUGACCACAAGCAAACACACUUGGGUCGUGAUCGUCACAUUGGUCGUCGGAAUCACUGCCCUUUUCGUUAUAUUGAUUCUUUACAUUGCCUUAUAUGUUCCGCUUGGGUACAACUAUCGUCUUGUACAGUUCUUCGCCGACUACAUCAUUAGAGCUGCUAUAUUAAUUUCAAGGAGAGUGAGUGUGAUCGAAGAAGCUUCUGAGGGUUGUAGCUGCGGACCAGCAGUGGCUUAUGGUCGCCCGCCUAGCUGGAGAGGGAGUGUGACCAUAGGAACUUCUUGGUGUCCCCCUGGACCCAACGCAAUAAUGCUACCACCCCCUCUAGACCCUACAGCCCCCACCCCCACGUCCCCCACCCCUCCCCCUCCCCGACCCCGCCCCGUCCCCCUGCGCCCGGUCAACCCAAAUCACCCCGUAAACCCUUCCACCUGGUCGACGACCGCACUUAGGAUUAGAUUGAUCCUUGCACCUACUUCCUCCCUAGAAACUCAUGAUUUGAGGUGUGUAAUCACUUUUCUUAACGGGAUAUUUGCCCCACUAUAUUGCUCAUAG